UAUUAUCACACUAAGGCUGGUGGGAGUCAUAUCAUGUAUUAUAUUAUCACACUAAGGCUGGUGGGAGUCAUAUCAUGUAUUAUAUUAUCACACUAAGGCUGGUGGGAGUCACGUAGUGGCCAGGGUUGUGCUAAUUUCACAAUUUCCCCUUCACUGUGGUUGACUGAUAAAGGGUUUCACUACCUAAAGUCACACAGACGCAGGACUUUGCGGGGAGAAGACACAGCUAUAGACGUAUAUUAGAGUUGAGGUUAGAAGUUACUGUAUUUCACCACAAGUGUGUUAAGAUGUCAGAGGGAGUCUAUGAAAACUCAGAUGGAUUUGAAGACGAUGAGCUUGAUGCAAUGAAGAACACAGAGAUUGAUGACCAAUUAUAUUCCAAUGUAAGAGCCUUCAAGCCCAGUUCAAGAGAUGGAGUUGUUGCUUCAGUACAUUUCCAGUGGUGGAAGAGUAGCUGCAGUGUGUCUGGGGCUGCUGUGUGUUCUCCUACUGACUGGGAUCAUAGGCCUGUCUGUCUACUAUGGAGUAAUUGGUCAUCACGACUCAACAGAGAGAGACCAGCUACAGGCCAGUUACAGCCUUCUGACUAAAGAGGGAGACCAGCUACAGACCAGUUACAGCCUUCUGACUAAAGAGAGAGACCAGCUACAGACCAGUUACAGCCUUCUGACUAAAGAGAGAGACCAGCUACAGACCAGUUACAGCCUUCUGACUAAAGAGAGAAACCAACUACAGACCAGCAGUAACACCCUGACUAAAGAGAGAGACCAGCAACAGACCAGCAGUAACACCCUGACUAAAGAGAGAGACCAGCAACAGACCAGCAGUAACACCCUGACUAAAGAGAGAGACCAGCAACAGAAAGAGAAAAAUGAUCUCAUGAGAAAGUUCUCUAAUCUGAAACAAACCUGCCCUAAAGACUGGAAGAAGUUUGAAUCCAGUUGGUACUUCCUGUCUACUGAGACUAAAACCCGGGGGAGAGCAAAGAUGACUGUCUGGAGAGAGGAGCAGACCUGGUGAUCAUCAACAGUGAUAAGGAACAGGAGUUUCUCUUCCACCUCAACAAGGGUUUCUGGAUUGGUCUGACUGACACUGUUACUGAGGGGACCUGGAAAUGGGUGGACGGCAACCCACUGACCACCCCAAAGUACUGGGGGAGUGGACAGCCUAAUGGUGGUGGAGUGGAGAACUGUGUGUUGUUAACUCACAGUUCAUCAGACCAAGGACCAUGGCAUGACUAUCCGUGUUCAUUUAACCAUUCCUGGAUCUGUGAGAUAUAGUUCUUUCUCACUUUUAGUUAUGAUGUUGAUUGUCAUGCUGAAAGUCAUGAUAUGUCACGUCCUGACCAGCAGAUGGAGCUAGUGUUUUAGUUUUGGGGUCAGGACGUGGCAUGUUUGUAUUGGUUUAAUGUUGGGUGGAUGAUUGGGACUUCCAAUUGAAGGCAGGUGUGUUGAGUUGCCUUUGAUUGGAAGUCCUAUAUAGGUGUGUGUGUUUUUCU